AUGUUGCGCCCCGCGGUUCUCUUCCGGGCCAUAGCUGCCCCUCCGCGGUGGAUGCCGCUGCCGCUGCCGCUGCCCCGACAAUUCGCGCCAUCUCUCAUCCUCACCACCUCCAGAAGCGAAGCGCCAACGAAAGCCCCGCCAGUUCCCAACCAAACGAAGAAAGCAACGAAACCAGCCAAACAACAACAACAACAACAACAACAACAACAACAACAACAACGACCAAACCAAAGAAAACCGCCCUUCCACGUCGCCCGCACACCAUCAGGCAACCUAGCCGUGUACGAGCUCGCCAAGCGGGGCGGCAACAAGAAGCUGACACUGCUCAAGAAGAUCGAGGGGGAUCGGGCGGCCCUGCGCGCCGCGCUGGCAGAGGGCCUGAAGAUCACAGAGAAGGACGUCAAGCUGAACACGCUGACGGGGCAUCUUCGUGUUGAGGGACAUCGCAAGACCGAGAUCACCGCGUGGCUGGAGCAGCAGGGGUUUUGA